AUGGGUCCACAAGUUGAGGAAAUCAACGUAGCCGGGCCUGGUAAGGCUGAGAAAGCCGAAGCCCUCACCCCAAGGCACGAAGGUGAUGAUGAUACCCAAGCCCCAAUCCCUCAGCGCCUGAGAGGCCUGCGGGGUUACGUGAAGCGAUUCGAAGACCAGCUAGUCCAGUACAACGUCGAAGCUCGUGGAAUAGAGCGCGUCGAGGAAAAUGAGCGUCAUGUUCUCAGCUGGGUCGCCUAUGUACAGGUCUUCUUGCUAUGGGUUUCGAUCAAUCUAGCAGCAAACAAUGUCACACUAGGCAUGCUCGGCCCGGCUGUAUACGAGCUCAGCUUUCGUGAUUCUGCUCUGUGCUCGGUGUUUGGUGCUUUUAUCGGCUCCCUCGCUGCUGCGUGGGCUGCCACAUGGGGACCUGUGUCGGGAAAUCGAACUUUGGUAUUUGGACGUUAUGCCAUGGGAUGGUGGCCAAGCAAGAUUAUCGUCUUGCUGAACAUCGUCCAAAUGAUCGGUUAUUGCUUGAUUGACUGUGUCGUUGGUGGCCAGAUUCUCUCGGCGGUGUCCCCGAAUUAUAGAGUCUCGGUGGCAGUUGGUAUUGUCGUUGUUGCCAUCAUCACUUGGUGUAUUGCCACGUUCGGCAUCAAGAUAUUCCACUACUACGAACGCUUUGCAUUCCUCCCUCAACUAAUCGUCAUAUGUAUCCUCUUUGGCGUUUCUGCAAACAAGUAUGAUCUUCAAACACCAUCCGUUGGUAAUAGCGCGACGAUUGCUGGUAAUAGGCUUUCAUUCUUCUCCAUCUGCCUAAGCGCAGCCAUCACUUAUGCGCCAUUGGCCGCCGACUUUUUCGUCUACUACCCACCAAACACUCCCAAAGUUAUAAGCUUCGGCCUUACUUUCCUCGGCUUGGUGUUGUCGUUUAGCAUGGCAUUCUUAGUUGGCAUUGGCCUGGCUAGUGGUAUCGGCACCGACAAGGCCUACUCUGACGCAUGGAACGUCGGUGCUGGAGCUCUCAUUGUCGAAGGAUUCAGCCCCGUGAAGGGCUUUGGAAAAUUCUGCUCCGUAAUUGUUGCGCUCGGUCUCAUCUCCAACACUAUUCCGCCGACAUACUCAGCCGGAAUCGAUUUCCAGAUCCUCGGUCGCUAUGCCGAACUAGUACCCCGUAUUGUCUGGAACACAAUCGGCGUCAUCAUCUACACCGUCUGCGCACUAGCCGGCCAAAGCCACCUGUCGGAGAUUUUCACCAAUUUCCUGGCCCUGAUGGGGUACUGGGUGGCCAUCUGGCUAGCCAUCCUUCUCGAAGAGAGAUUCAUUUUCCGCCGUCGUAGCGGAUAUAACUGGGCCAUCUGGGACGAUCCAACCAAGCUACCCAUCGGCGCCGCUGCCUUUGUGGCCUUUGUAGUUGGCUGGGUUGGUGCUGUCAUCUGUAUGGCGCAGGUGUGGUACAUUGGUCCUCUGGCCAAGUUGGUUGGAGAUGCUGGUGCUGAUAUGGGUAAUUAUGUCGGCUUCUCAUGGGCUGCUUUAGUCUACCCUCCAUUACGAUACUUGGAACUUCGUUAUAUUGGACGGUAG